AUGACCGCCAACGAUAACAACGAUUGCCUUUACAAUGCUGGCAAGACUACCGUCAUUUCCGGCUCUCUCGGUCUCGUCGUGUCCGCCAUGCAGAACACUGUACAAAAGCACACCGAAGGCGCUAAAGGCGUCUUUACCAGAACAGGAGGCACCAUCGCGCUCUUUGCUGCCAUGGGUGGUAUCUUUUCGUUGACCGAGUGCGCUUCCAAGAAUAUCCGUGGUGAGAGCGAUCCAUUGAAUGCUGGUAUUGCCGGUUGUGCCGCUGGUUUGGUGGCUGGUCUUAAGACCCAUUCGAUUGCCAAGAUGUGCGCUGCUUGUGCAGGUGUUGGUGCUACUAUGUACGCCUACGAAGCCUCUGGUGAAUUCAAGGGUCUCAUGGAUGGAAAGACUCAACAGGAAAAGAAGGAUUACAGAGACUCGUUCUUCAAGGGUUAUAAGAAGGCUGAAGAGCAGGCAUAA